AUGCAGUCUGGAGCAGUAGGAGGCGAUGUCGAGCGCGCGCUGAGCAGCAUUCGAGCGCGCGCAGACCAUCUACGUCAUACAGUCGCUCGUCUUGAACAUAAUCUAGCAUGGAAUCCGGCUAGUACCUGGCCGGAAUUACUGAGCCAGUAUAUGGUGAUUUCUAAACAAUUGGAGAACAUGAAUGAAGAAAUACCAGAUUUAAUGCAGCAUUUUGCUUGUGUUCCAAGAAUGUCGACGCCCAAUCCUGCGGAUAUUCCGCUACUCUUGAGGACUCGAGAAGAUCCGGAGAUGGAGGAAGAAGACCGACAGCUUAUGGUCGAGAAACCACGUGAAAAAAACACAGAGGCACUGCAAAAGCUAAUAUUGGCACACAAUGACGCUGUCGAGAGCUUGGAAGAGACAUUUAAUGACAUGUCGGAAGGUUUGCUUAAGACCAUACGAGUGAACAAGUAUGUGGUCAAGUCCAAGUCACAGAGCACACAGAGUCAACAAUUUAAGUACAUUGAGUCCGGUACGUACGAGUAA